UAAAGAAACCCACCAUGAAACAUGAAACGAAAACUGGCUCAUGGUGUAGUUUCACGUGUUAAGGCUGGAAACAUGGGUUAUUUUAUUUCCACUGAUGUGAUAUAGCGAAACGCCAACGCCGUGACGGGCCAAUCAGAUCACGCUGAAGCAGUUCCCUCCCACUUGAUGCCAUUGCAUUCAGUGAAUCAUAUUAUUUCACUAGUUUCAAAUAGAAUAACCAGAGAACGAUGAUCAUUUUUUAUCUACUGCUGAUGAUGACGUUGACACGAUGUACUGAACAGUUCUACAAGACGAAGACCAUUCGUGCUGGAGACGACGUGAACCUCACUUGUUCCCGUGAGGGCAUGGGAAGUUUGUAUUGGAUCCGGCUCGUUUCUAAUAAGGUUCCAGAAAUAUUAGCAAGAAGCUCCAGCCUAGAGAACAUUUAUUCUCACAUUACAGCGAGUAAAGAAACUGGAACCUUUGUUCUGCAAAUAUCAAAAGCAAAGCUGAGUGAUGCUUCCAUUUACAUUUGUUUCAAAACAUAUCAGCAGAGUCUUCAGUUCCUCACAGAAAUAGACCUGAGAGUUGAAGAGCCUGAUAACACCGCAGUGGCUCCAGUUCCUCCACGAGACUCUGUGAUUCUGUGUUCAGUCCCUGACUCUGAGAAUAAAACGUGUCCAGGAGGAAAUUCACUUUGUUGUUUUAGACCUCAAUUACGUCAGUGUUUUAACUGCACAGAAGGAAACACACAUGAUUAUGACAAAGACCUUGAUGGGGCCUGUGUCGUCGGCUUCUUCAAAAACGUCAGCUCCUCUGAUGUUGGGAGUUAUUACUGUGCUGUGGCCACAUGUGAAGAGACAGAUUCUGAAAAAGGAUCAGAACUCAACAAUGAAGUGAACAUCCAGAGUCCUCAGAACGACACCACAAUCAUCUCUGUGUUGUCUGCUGCUCUGGCUGUGAGUCUGCUUGUUGUCGUCUUCCUCCUUUAUUCAGUCAAGAAACUCCAGAACAAAGCUUGUGAUUGUUGCAAAGUGUGAUUCUGUUUCACAACACAGCUUCAUUUGUGCUGCAACCAGCCAGUGAUAAUCAGGAAGAUCACCAGACAGAUGAGGAUUCUUUGGUUUAUUCUGUAGCAAAUUUCACCAAUAGAAAUUCAGAGAGAAGAGAAGCAAAGCCAUCAGAGGAAGAGAGCAUCUACACUGACGUCAGAGCUCGGGCUUCAGGCUCCUUGACUGAAUGAUACAGUGUUUCAUGACACUUAAUAUCCUACAAAGUUGUUAUUGACUUUUUCCAUCACGUUUGUGUUGAAAAUGAAAAAUAUCUCAUCUAAACUAAGUCUAUUUAAUAGUUUUUUCGUGUGAAGUUUUUAAAUGAAUUGUUGGAUACUCCAUUUGAAUAUCUUGUAUUUAUGUAUUUUGUUUUCUAUUUUAUCUUCUGUAUUUCUUUGAUAUGUCACUGAUAAGCCAACGAAUGACAUGUGGUUGUUCUUCUUUACAAGAACUUAAAUAAACAUCAGUGAUGUGUGUUAAAUAAUGUUUUAUUAUUGAGUGCCCUGAUUCUUAUUUACAAGUUAAACUAUUAUUCUGAUUCCUUGUGCUGUGGGCCCGGUGUGGUGCCAGGGGAUGAGGUCGGGCCGAUGGGGUAGACCCCGCUCCGCUCGUGUGGGGGUGGUGGACUGGGGGUGGGCCCCACUCUGGGCGCGGGGGCAUCACCUGGCGGGCUCCCUAUGGGCCGUGGGUCCUCGGGCUCCACUCGAGGUCCUCAGGCCGACCCUCCUGCCGGGGGGAGUGUUUUCCCCUGGUUCUCAUGGGGUGGACAGUGUUGACCCCCGGUGGCCCACUCUGACCUCGGGUGCUGUCUCUGUGGCUGCUGCAGCUCUGCCUGGGGGGCUCUGUGUGGGGGCGGCUUGGGUCGCAACACCUGCCCUCCUGGACCUGAUGGUGUGUGGGCUCCCUGGCUGCUAGAGUUCUCCCCUCUGCUCAUUGGGCGUAGUGGCCGAGCUCCUCACAUCACCCAGGCUUUCACAAGUGGCACUGUUCAUGCAGUCUGCUUCACCCUUAGGGUGAACUAUGUUAAGCUAUAGCUUUACUAACCUUGUAGUGGGUCACUCAACACCUGAGCUGAUAAACAGGCUUUCUAAACCCAACUGUAAGUAUUACUGAUACUUAUCACUACCAAUGUCAAUAAUGUGUAAAUAUGGAAAUUGUGAUGUUGUAUGUCAUGGCUGUUAUUAAGUAUUAUGAGAUUAUGUAUAACAAUUCAUAUGUGUAAAUGAUAUAUGUAUAUGUUUGUAUGAGUAUGUGCACAUAUUUUAACACUAUUAUUGGUAUUAAUAUUAAUGUAAAUGGUAAACCACAGCACAGCAGUUGCUUAGUUAUGAAUGUUUCAGCCAUCUUACUUAUUUAUUUUGCACCAAUUAUUUGCUUAACUGAUUUGCUUGGUUUCAGCAGCUGGUUGCACCAUUUUGGGUGUGGUCCAAACUCAUGUGGUUCAAACUAUUUAAGUACAUUGGGCGAGCGAUUCACACCUGAACAACCAGUACUAAGUUGGAACUGUGGGGUCUAAAAUACUCAUUUGAUUAAGAUUAAAUAUGAUCACACAUCUACCAUUUCAGCUAAGACACUGUAUCCUGUUCUGUUGUUUACUCUCUGGUACAGAAACCCACACUCAAAAAAGGCCGAGGGUGUGAUUCACAGAUUACUGUCGGAAAUAUGGUUUAUUUCAUUUCCACUGAUCUAAUGUGGAAAUUUGAAAACAGAGACAUCAUUAAGAGCCAAUCAGAUCGCUGUGAAAUAGGUACCUCCCACUUGAUGAUCAUACUUAGGUGACUCAUUAUAGAUUCAUUUUCAGUAGUCUCAGAAAAUGCAGCUUCUUUUCUUGUUACUGCUGAUUGUCAGUGGAGGACGUGAGUAUGUGUAUGAAGGAUACAGAAACUCAACAUUUUUAAGUAUUUUAAGACAAACAUGGUCUGUUUAUCCAGGAAGCACAGAUGAUCUGCGCGUGGAGACUGUUCGUGUUGGGAAUGAUGUGAACCUCCCAUGUGCCCGUGAAGGUGUAGGAAGCUUGUUUUGGAUCAGACUCGUUUCUGGGGCAUUUCCUCGAGUCAUACAAAAAUCAAGUGGAUACGGGAUCAAUGACGAUCGCAUUCAAACCAGCAAAGAGCCUGGAAAAUUUAACCUGCACAUUUCAAAGGCGGAGCUGAGUGAUCAUGCAGUUUACAUUUGUCUGAAAACGCUGCAGCACGACUUUAUGUUUUUGGACGGAGUAGAUCUGAGAGUUGAAGCACUGGAUCCUUAUGUCACUGCAGUAACGUCACCUGAACCCAUCAAUCCAGGAAACUUGACUUUUCCAAGCUCAACAAACAAUGAAACAGAAGGAAACUUAAUUUGCUGUUUCGGAGCUCAAUCUCAUCGGCUUCAUUUAAGUUUUACAUGCAGUGACGGAAACACGUUUGUUGAAUGUGACGAAAAACUUGAUGGACAUUCAGCAAAGAAAUGUGUCGUCAGCUUCUUCAAGAACAUCAGGUCCUCUGAUGAUGCAAGUUAUAACUGUGCUGUGGCCACAUGUGAAGAUACAGAUUCUGAAAAAAACGAUGAAGCACUAAACACCACAGUGAUCUCUGUGUUGUCUGCUGCUCUGGCCGUGAGUCUGCUCGUUGUCGUCUUCCUCCUUCAUUCAGUCAAGAAACUCCAGAACAAAGCUUGUGAUUGUUGCAAAGCCUCGGUUGAUCUGCAAACCAUUGCCAGUGGUGAACAGGAGAAUCAGCAGACAGUUGAGGAUUCUUUGGUUUAUUCAACACCAGUGUUCACCAGUAAGAAAUCCAGCAAAGCAGAGAGAAGAGGAGCAAAACCAUUAGAGGAGGAGAGCACCUACACUAACGUCAGAGCUCUGGGUCUGGACUGAUGAUGAACCGGGUCCUCUCUCUUUUGAAACACAUUCAGUGCUUGGCAUUAGAGCUACGCAGUAGCGAUCUGUAGCAAUCUAUUAACUAACCAUUAUUGUUCUUCAGCAUGAGUGUGUUUGUAUUAUGAAGUGUGAACAGCAUCUCAUUGUUUUCAUCUCUAGUCCCAAAAUUAAGAUGUGCAACAUAAUCCCAUGAGAAGAUUGAAUAAAAUACGUUGUGCCUCAGAGUGUCCGCACAGCAGUGUUUUUAUUCCACACCUCUACUUUCUGUUUCCAGACUCAUCAGUCGACAUCAGCUUGUUAUCACAACCAGUGGCGUGCGCUGAGGUUCAUGGCUGGUGA